UCAGUUGGCAACAGGCGGGUGAUGUGGUUGUGUGAAGUUAAUUUUGAGCUUUGCCUCUCCAUUUUCCUUGUCUUUAUGUAAAGGAGUAGUUUUUUUUUGUUAUGAAUCAGUGUUCUUAAUUGAUUGUCACGAUUAAACGUUUAAUCAGUCGGAAACAAUAAAUCGGUUGUGCUCACGACAAUUACAUAAAUAUCUAUGAUAAUGAAUAAUAAUAAAAUUAUUUGACCCAUAAAAUUGACUCCGAGGUCUUUGGAUCAUACUCUUUUGUUUUUUUUUUCGAUCGGGAUGCAUUGCCUCGGAGCUGUUACGGAUCAGUCCUGUGGCAAGCUGAAUAUUAGCCCUGGUAGUAAUCGUGGGAACGUGUUGAGUGUGGUCCGAGCACUCGGAAUUUUAGUCUGUGAGGGAAGAAUCCAAAGUUCUUCGCGUGGUUAUCAAGAGGGUCCGCACUGUUCUGUACCUCUACAGUCAGCCCUUAAUCAUCAUGUGUGUGAGAAAGAUAAUUAUUUGUGCAAUAGGUAUCUUGUGCUAAUCAAAGAGAUAGCAGAUAGAGUUGAAAUUGGUGCGAAUUUGUGCAUCGAAGUUUUCAUGUGUAGCAAUUGUCCAUGUGGAUUAGCAAAAUCAACUUGUAAAAAUCCAGUCUCUCCAAUACUGUCCCCAUUAAUCUCGCAAUGGCCGCAUUCGUGCGAAAUUCUUCUCGAGUAUUGGCGUAUUGGAGUUCUUCCCAGCAAGAGCUCAGAAAUGAUGAAUUCGCUAGCUUUAUAUCAAGCUGUCCGAUCUCGUUUGCACUUUAGUCAAGUAGCAGCUUGGUGGUCACGAAGCAAUGGUACUAAACCAGCCUACGUGGCGACAAGAAUUAUACCAUAUAAUACCGACAAUCUCAGAAAUUUUCAGGAAACGCCAAUAAAACAUACGUUUCCUUUAGCGGCAAUUGGUGACGGUAAUUCUGUAACUGUUACUGUCUGGGCUUUGCCACGAAUGAAAGAUGUACCGAUCCUUGUUUGUCCCGUUCACCUGGAAAAAGAUGUUCAGGGAGAAGAAUGUACUGCCAGAGCACUUACUCCAAUAAAAAAUGUUGUCUCAUCUCGUCCGGACAUUAAUUUUGUACUACCAUUACUUGUUGAUGAUAGACUACAAACACCAUGUGAUAAAUCCGGAAAGCAUCAUUGUAGUUGCGAAGAUGAAGACGGAUCUCCGCCUUCACCGUGCUUGAAACCAAAUGGAGAAAGAAAGCGUCGUAGAUCCUUACCUUGUGGUCCGCCUGAUGCUGGUUCAUGUUUUUCGUUCAAUAAUGUUCCACUAACGUCCGUUAUUGAAACAAAUUUGUCUAAUAAAUCCAAAGAUGCUGGGAUAAGUUUUAUGGAUGACAAACAAUCUCCUGGCGUAGAAAGAUUCAGUAAUCGAACCUGUGCAAGUACUGGUACACUUGAACGUAGCUUUAGGAUGCAAGUUAAUCUUACUCUUAAAAUGCCAGAAUAUAAUGAUGAAAAACGAUAUAAACCAUCAUCAGAGCUUUUAGCCGCUGAAAUGCAAUCGUAUGAUAACAAUACUGCUGAAACUGACUCUGAUAAAUUUAAAUUUUUUGUGCCUUUUGUUGAAUCAAAAGACUUACGAAUGUCUAACACGUUUAAUUGUAAUGAAAAAAAAUCAGAUAGUUUACGAGAAAAAACAAAUUUUCUAUCAUCUGUAUCAAGUAAAACUAGUGCUGUUGUAAAUCCUUUGGUGGAGAAUUUUCCAUUUUAUGAGUCAAAUUUUGGUCCAUCUACGAUUUUUAGUUCAAUACUUUGUAAUAAUAAUAAUAAUAAUAAUAAUAAUAAUAAUAAUAAUAAUAAUAAUAAUAAUAAUAAUAAUAAUAAUAAUAAUAAUAAUAACAAUAAUAAUAAUAAUAAUAAUAGUAAUAAUAAUAAUAACAACAAUAAUAAUAAAAAUAAUAAUAAUAUUACUAGUAAUAAUAGCAAUUCUAUAACUGAUAAUCCACCAAAUGAAAAAAAAGUAAAUAAUUUAAAAAAAAAAAAUAGAAAGAGUCCAAUAAACUGUGCUAAUGGUAAUAAAGAUUUAAGUCAUUUAAUGUCUAGAUUAACGUUUCCAAAAGAAACCGUUACUAACGUGCGGAAAGAUGAAAUUAGAAUUCUUGAUUGGAUAAGUAAAGUGCCUAGUAGAGUACUUAGUGGUGCAUCAAAUAGUAGCAAUAUAGUCGAAGAUGUGGAUAAGUCUGUAACAAAUGGUUUUAGAGAUGAAAAUCAAGAACAAAAGAAAUUACGUGAUUCCAAUGCGGUCAAGUUCAAUAAUUGUCACUUGGAGUUGAGCCAGCGUGAGUUUGAUGAAGUUUUGGCAGUUAUUAGAGCAAGAACACCGAUUAAUCGACGACGUACACCAGUCAAAACGCUUAGAAAACGUGAACGUGUUGAUAAAAUCGUAGAGUGUAGUAUUUUAGAAAAAACACCAAUUAGAAAUGUACCUUCAUCAAGUUGUAUGAGUUCUACUCAUCGUGAAAUUUCACAAUCUAAAAAUUUAUUAGAAAAUUGUAUUUCACAAUCGUAUUCAAAUACAUCUAUAAUCGAUAAUUGUCAAAAAUCUAAUAAAGCGGAUGCAUUACUUGGAGCAAUAUUACGCACUAGCCAUGAUCGCAAGGGAUUAUUAGAUAUAUCUAAUGGCACAAGAUCUACUGUUUUGUCAAAUGAUACGAGUGAUGAUUUAUAUUGUAAUAUACAAUCUACACUGACAAGUAAAGAUAUCGAUUCGUUAAGUAUACCGUUUGAAACCGACAAAUUUUUACCAUCAAUACUGAACAAGAGACUUAAUCGAUUGAAACUGUUUUUUAAAAAAGAACAAGAAAAAAAAGACAUAUUAACAAAAGAUCUAUUAAAUCCUAAGAAUAAUUUUGUAAGUUCACCGUCUGAUCAUGAUAGGCGAAAAAUUAAUCUUUUGAGUACAAAUAGGGUAAAAAGAAAAAUUGACUUUACUAAUUAUCCUGUGAGUAUUAAUAAAACAGACUAUUCAUGUGAAGAACUUGUUAAUGAAAUAACAAGUGAAAAACAAGAACAUGAAGAUUUUCGUAAAGUUGAUCCUAAAGUAGAAGAUUUAUGUGGCCACAAAAUUCUGAAAAAGAAUAGCUCACAGUCUUCCGUUAAUCUCAGUAAUGAAGAUCAUGGUGAUAAUUGCUUUACAAUCAAUGAAGACAAAAUCAGUGAAGGUUAUCAACUAUAUCAAAACUGUUACGAAGUAUCCCGUAAUAGUGUUGAAAAUGAAAUUCAUGACAAAAAUGUUCCUUCAACAAUGGAACAAGUACGUUUUAGAAGAUCUUUGGAAAAUGCUGCUUCAAUGGUAUUUCAUUGUAGAACAGGCUUACCACUUACGUCCAGCCCAGCUCCACUCAGAAGAGGCAGUUGUUGCUUUGAUUAUGAUAGUACUCUUAAUUCUGUAUCAUCAAAACGAAGUGCUCUUUUUGCAUUAAAAACACCACCAAGUCCAGGAGCGGUAUCAUUAGAAGAAACUGAUCGUGAAGUUGGGAAUUUUUCUGAAGGUGAUGAAGCUCCAAAGCGAUCAUUUUCCUGCAGCAGACCUCAAAGUCAUUCUCUACUUGGUAAUUUCGAAGAAUCCGCAUUAAAUGGAAGAUUGGAACCAGUUUCAACUGUUCAUGGAUUUACUGCUGAAAUUGGAGCGAGUGGGGUUUUUUGUCCAAAGCAUCGUAAACUUCCGGUGACAGUUUUUUUUUAUACACUCGGUGACAAUGAUAAAGUUUCAACUCCUUAUCUUGCUCACAUUAAUUUAGGGAAAAAGGGUUAUCAAGUACCGAGAAAUGGUACAAUCCAAGUAACUCUUUUAAAUCCUUUGGGCACAGUUGUCAAAAUGUUCGUUAUUUUAUACGAUUUAUCAGACAUGCCACCUCGAUCUCAUACUUUUUUACGCCAACGAACAUUGCGGGAUAAAACUCUACGUUACCUCAUACAUUUAAGAUUCAUGUCAGGUAAAUCUGGUCGCAUCUAUCUUCAUACAGAUAUAAGAAUAAUUAUUUGUCAUAAGUCUGAUGUUGAUACGGCAUCUGAUUUUGGGUCAGAACCACCGAAAGAGCUCAGAAGUUUUAUUCAUGGUCCAACAAAUCCAAAAUUUUCACCAAGAUGCUGAGCUUCGUGGUUAUUUUCGUGGGUUUGUUUCCGACCAUUCCACUUAUCCUGUCCUUCCGUCAGUGCAAAAGCUUAAUUGGUUAUAAUAUUAUACAAAAUCUAAAAAAAAAUUCAAAUGUUAAUGAAGUUUGAAUAAUCUAUACAAACAUAAUUAAAUUUAUGGUUUAUUUUCCUUUGAGUUGUUUGAAAAAGGGCAAUUGAUAUUUUAAAUUACAUUAAUCAUUGUCGGAAUUUUUUCUAAUCAGACAACAUUUUAUUUUAUUUGUUAAGUUUUUUGAUGAUUAAAAUGAAUAUAAUCAACUUUCCGCAAGCAUAAGUUUAUACUAAAAUAUUAUGAAAAAUAAGCAUGUAGUGAAAUUGCACUGCUAAGGAGAGAAAAAAUAUAAGUGAUAAAAAAAUGGGAAUUUGGGAAAGUUGGACAUCACAUUUGUAAAAAUUUACAUAAUGAGCUUCGUAUGUUUUAUUUUUAUUCAGUAUAUAUUAGAUGUUAAGUCGAAUUUGUAAGUAAAAUAAAAUUAUAAUAUUUUGUAAUAUUUAUAUUUUUGGUGAACAAAAACAACUUGAAACAAGAGUCAUAUAUUUUACAUGAGUUUUGCUAUUUUAAUGUGGUGUUUAUAGUAGAGAAUUCCCGCUAUGAAGUUGGACAAAAAAAAUUUAUAUGUAGAUAUAUAUAUAUACAGUCGAGUCUCGUUGUGAACCCGCAUGAAGGGGUGUAGGGGAAUAUAAUUCUAAGAAUUUGUGUACCCCCACUCUGUCAGCGCAGGCGACAGUCGAGAGUUGAACUUCCCCUACUUUUUAAGCGUGUGAGUGUGUACGUGAUUGUUUCCAGUAUCUCGUUAUGAGUCCGUUUGACUUGAGUGUUAUGUUUCUUAUAUGUAAAUAGGACUAAUAUGAUAAAUAAACUCUUAAUUUCUUUUCAUGAAUAUACGGACUCAUAUCGAGACUCUGAAAUUAAUUUUUUUUUCACGUUGUGGAGGGGGAAGGUCUUCCGUGGAAAUCCUGGUUCACGGACUCAUAACGAGCGGACUCAUAACGAGACUCGACUGUAUAUAUAUAUAUAUAUAUAUAUAU